AGAGAGAGAAGAAAGAAAACCCCUUUCUUUUUCUCCUCCAACAGAGAGACGAACAAGAGAGAGAAAGUUCGAAGAGGGAGAAAGUAGGCUUCAGCUCGUAGAUUCUCGAUUCAAAUCGGACAAAAUCGCAGGAUAGCGGGAAGAUCGGUGAACCUAAGGAGAGAUCUUCGCCUGUUGGCGGUUCGAUUCCGGCGAUCGUGGAAUUGAUUGGAUUUCUCAGAGAUCGGGAGGAAUUGUAGGGAUUGAAUUGGGGGAUUAGGGUUUUGGGGAUGGGAUUUGGGAGAUUUUAGGGGUUUGGUAGAGGAUUUGGAGGUGGAUGUUGUCGUUGGGGAGUAGGGAUGAAGGGAUGGAAGGGAUUGGACUAGGGUUUCGAUCGAUGGAGGAGAACGAGCUUGAAGAAGGAGAGGCCUUCUCCGGGCAUCAGGACGACGAUGCUUGCAUCGAUCCUGACAUCGCUCUCUCUUACAUCGAUGAAAAGCUCCAAGAUGUACUAGGGCACUUCCAAAAGGACUUUGAAGGUGGAGUUUCUGCAGAGAACUUGGGAGCAAAGUUUGGAGGAUAUGGCUCCUUCUUGCCCUCUUACCAGCGUUCUCCUACUGCUUUGGCUCAACCCAAAAGUCCACCAAGGCCCCUGAACCAUAGUGUCUCAAAAUCUCCCUACAAUUCAUCAAUUGAGUGUACAAGGCAGAAUCCCUCUGUUCCGAGAGGUACCUCUGUCAAAAACAACACUGCCUCAGUUGCACAACCCAGCAACUCGAGCAGAAAGGAGAAUUGCAUUAGCUCACUGAGCACUGAUGCUUGUGUUCCCCAUCUUGUUUCCAAUAACAAGGCAGUUAAUGUCAGUGAUCUGAAGUCACUGAAGGUUCGCAUUAAAGUUGGACCUGAUAACACUUUGGCAAGAAGUAAUGCUGCAAUUUAUAGUGGUCUUGGUCUUGAUACUCCUCCUUCAUCUCCUGAAGAUGGCCCUGAUGGUAUUACAGGACAUUCUCCAGAACUUCGAUAUGUCCCUGGUGAAUCUCCUUUGUCCAUUCUCCAGGAUAUGACAAGCUUUUCUGUUCCUGGAGGUUAUUUACUUUCACCUCUUCAUGAGAGCCUGUUCCAAUUGGCAGAAAAUGAAAAACUUAUCGGUAGAAAAUUGGGGAUUCUCAGCAAUGGUGCACCUGAGAUGUGUACCGUUCCAAGUAUGACCUUGUCUACGAGAGAGAUGAGAGGUGAAUUAGACAAGAAAGUGAAGUCAGAUGAGAAGAAUAGUAGGUCAGCAGAAGAAGAGAAUUUGAGCUGCAGUGGGGAUACAACCAAAAUCUGGAAGAAAGAAAUAGACAUCAACCAUCCAGCCAGCAAAAAUGUUGUUUCUAGCCACAUAGACAUGUCAUUCCAGUCCUGUCCAAAGAGUUCUGGUCCAAUAGUGGGACGGCAGGUUACUGGUGAUUCAGAGUCUUUUCCCAUACCCGAUUCUUCUAAAGAUGCUCAAUGUAUAUCCAUGGGAAGCAUGAAAAGUGGUGCUGUCAGUUAUUUGGGAAACGAACUCACCUAUUCUAAAGGAACAAAUAACCCCAAAACAAGUUUUACGGAGAAAGACAUCGAAGUUAAAAAUCCAAAUAAUCAUAAAGAUGUUUUAUCUGAUACCAGGAGCCAGGGAAAAAGCAAGAAUCAGAAAAAUAAUGAUAUAAGCAAACUUAACAAUGGUGAAGAUAAGGUUAGGAAUGAUCAUACUGGUCAUGUGGAGCCUAUGAAGCAAAUGCCUAUUCAGAAGUUUAUUCCACAUGAAAAAAUGCUCCAGGAAAAUGAUCAAACACAGGAGGGUAAAAGAAUACAGAAAGGGAGCCGUAAUAACUGUACAUCCGUUGAAUCAAUGCAAACUCAAGGAAGCCUGAGGGAUUCCUCCUCUGUGGUACCAAAGGAGAAGAAGAAAAGCUCUCAUGCAAGACACCACCAUUCUGAAAAUAAGUCUAAAAUGAAAUCCCGUAAAGACCCUAAUAGGGUACAUUCUAGUAAAUCUCAUAGAGACGUUGUGGGGAACAUAAGUGCACAAAGAGCUGAGAAUAAGGCAGAUUUAUCGGAGUCCUUUGCAGUCAGUGAGAAGUCAAUUUCAAGAUCAGGAUUCAAGCAAGAAGUUGAUCUUCAACCUGAACUGGUGGCACAUCCUCCAGUAGCUACCUCGUCAACUUGCACUGCCCCAACUGCAGCUGCAGCUGUUGCGUUGGAUGCACCUCCUAGCGUGGUUAUACAGGAAAAUUGGGUUUGUUGCGACAAAUGUCAGAAAUGGCGCUUAUUACCCUUUGGGGCAGAUCCUAACAAUCUUCCAAAGAAAUGGAAAUGUAGCAUGCAAGUUUGGCUGUCUGGACUGAACAAAUGCGGUAUCAGUGAAGAGGAAACAACAAAAGCAUUUCAUGCGUUAUAUUUGGUUCCAGCCCCAGAGACCGGUGCUAAUUUGAAUGGCCAUCAUGAUGUUGCUGCAUUAAAUGCUACUUCAAGUACACAUCAUUUUGAUCGAAGAUUUGAUCAUGAUAUACAAAGUAUGUCUGCUAUCGGGAAGAAAAAAUCUGGAUUAACAAGUGCAUCAAAUGUACCUAAAAGUUCAGUUUCUAAAAAGAGCCAUCAGGCCUCAGUAAAAAGUAGAAGUCUAACUGAUGUGACUGAGUUUCCCCUGGAAACGAACUCUUCAGGGAAAGCUGGUCUUGGGCUCACGAACAAGUCUGUGGACUUCACUGCAGAAAAUCACAAGCACAGGCAGAAGGAUAAGCAUGAAAUUUCAGUACGCCAGUCAGAUGGAGGAGAUUUUAUUGUAAAAGGUGCCAAGCAUUCAAAAUCAAAGAGCAAAAGAGAAGCCAGUCAGGACGGGUUGAGAACAUCCAAGAAAAUUAAGAAAGAGAAUUCAAGCUAUCAUGUUGAAGACCGGCUCUCUGACCUUGAUAUGUCUGGCAGGACAGCUUGUAAGAUGGAUAAUGGUUUGGCUGCUAAAGUAACUGGGAAGAUUCAGCAGAAUUACAGUGACCACUCUUCUUCUAAGGACUCCAAGUCUGAUCUAAGAGGAAAUUUAUUAGAAUCUACUAAGAAGUCAAAAGAUCCUGUUCGUCUCUAUUCAAAUGGGGAUUUCAAAGAUCAUUUUAAUGUUGAGAAAUCAGUUGUGCCUGACUAUGCUGCAAAGAAGAGGAAGGUGAAAGAAUGGCAGGAGAGUCAGGUACAUCAGGAGACCGUAAUGAGCUCUCAUAAUGGUUUGGACAGCAGACUUUACGCCAAAGAAGCUUUCAGUGAAGGUGAGCGGAGGAAACAAAAGAAGGCUAAGGUACCCGGAACUGGGGAAAAGGAGUUCAAUACAAGUUAUGUUAAUGAAAAAACUGACAAAAAAGGUCGGUCCACUAAAAUGUCAUUAUCUGGUCAUAGAGAGCAGCGAUCUGAUGGGAUGGGUGAUGAAGGAAGAUUUGGUAUGGAGCGAAUAGGGUAUCAAGAAGCUGCCACUUCUCGACAGGCUUUGGAUGGUACUGAUCCUCCAAAGAGGGAUAUGAGUUAUGCACAGCUACCAACAGCGGCUACUUCAAGUUCUUCGAAGGUAUCUAGUUCUCGCAGAAGCAAAGCUAACAUGCAGGAAGCAAAGGGUUCCCCUGUGGAGUCAGUUUCUUCGUCUCCUUUGAGAAGUGCUGCUACUGAGAAGAUCUUUAUUGGAAGGAACUCAGCGGCAAAGGAUGACAUGGUAACUUUAGAUGCCUCGUUCAUGGGGAGCCCAAAAAAAUCUUCAGAUGCUGAUCUUGGUAGCGACCAAUCUGGAACAAGAAGGAAGGAGACAGUUUCUUCUGCCCAAUUAAAUUCAUUAGAGAGGAACAGAGCCGAGUCUGGGGUCUUUGCAUCUAUGGGAGGAGCAUCUCAUCAUUCAGAAAAGGAAACGAGUCAUUUAUCUGGUAGCAGUAAUAAAGAUGGAUUGUAUUCAAAAAUGGUUGCCCAAGUUGAUCUCUCAUCUGCUGAGCUUGAAGAGACAAAUAUUGUAGAUGAUACUGAGAAAAUAUUGGAUCAUGAUAACAAAUAUAUCUUUGACAGAACAGAAAAAGAAAAUAUUGACGGCAAUGGAGAUGACCUGAAUAAUCAUCGUGGUUCAGGUGCAACUAGUCAAUGGAAGUCGGAUAACAGUUCUUCUGGCUUCAAGGAUAGAAACAAAAUUUCUAAUCUUGAUGCCAACAGAGGUAAGCUUAAGGUUUCUGAUACUAUUAAUGACAGGAAGGAGUUGUACUCCUUGAAGAAAGGAAUCAAUUUGCCAUCCGGGGCUGAAUUCAACUACAAUGACAAUUGUAUUCCUCAUGAAGGUUCAAGGGAUGAAAAUUGCAAUUUCCAGGAGAAGGAUGAGGCUUACUUGGGAAAGAAAAUUUCUUCUGCAAAGCUGCCUCCUGAUAGAAGAGAGAAUCACUCUGAUAAUGGAUUAGAAGAAAGUUUGGAUGCUCAACAUAAGGAUUUCAAUUCUAGACAUACAUUUGCUGGAGCUAGUUGUAAGUCCAAUUUACAGGAAAAUCUUGAACUGGCGCCUUCUUACCCAAGUGAAAAUCCAAUGAGUCACUCCCUUCUAAGUCACAUUGAUAGGUCAGAUAUGGCUUCAGGUACAGGGAUGCCUCAGCCAGUCCAGCCUCCCAAAGGUAAUAGUGAAGCACAUAAUUCAGGUGCUCAAAGAGUCGCUACACCUGUCAAAGGAAGCAGGUCAGACACAAACCCUACUGAUGCAGCAAAUGGGGAUGCAGUUAAGUUGGCGAAGCAAUCGAGAAAGCCUGCCAACCAAAAUGGUGUAUUCUCCAAUACUCUGAGGCAAAACACUCCUAACAGUCAUGACUCCAGCCCAUUGAGGAAGGAUGGUCCUGUUGCAAACACUGUCUUGAAAGAAGCUAGAGUACUAAAGCACACUGCUAAUCGCUUAAAGAAUGAAGGUCUAGAUCAUGAAAGCAUUGGCUUAUACUUCCAGUCAGCCUUGAAAUUUCUGUAUGGUUCCUCUCUUUUGGAGCCUCCCAGUGCUGAAAGUGGCAAACAUGGGGAAAUGAAUCCUCCAGCACAAAUGAUAUCAAUGUACUCUGAUACAGCAAAGCUGUGCGAGUAUUGCGCCCAUGAGUAUGAGAGAUACAAAGAGAUGGCUGCUGCUGCUUUAGCAUAUAAAUGCGUGGAAGUGGCUUAUAUGAAGGUUGCUUACUAUAGAAACCCUGUUGCUAGCAAAGAUCGCCAUGAAUUGCAAACGGCUCUUCAAGCAGUUGUGCCAGGUGAGUCACCUUCAUCUUCAGCUUCGGAUAUUGAUAACCUAAACAAUCAGGGUGCACUGGAUAAGGCUGCUUUAGCCAAGGCUGCCGGUUCACCUCAGAUUACUGGGACUCAUGUUAUUGCUGCUCGUAACCGCCCUGCUUUUUCGCGGUUGCUAACUUAUACAAAUGAUCUGAAUUGUGCAUUUGAUGCUACAAAGAGAUCUCAGAAUGCUAUUGCAGCGGCUGGUGUUAACUUGGACAAGGACGGAGUUGAUGGCAUUUCUUCAGUCAGAAAAGUUAUUGACUUUAACUUCCAUAAUGUAGAGGAGCUGCUGCGACUAGUACGACUUUCAAUGGAGUUAAUUGGUCGCUGAAUGUUUGAAGAUCAAGAAUCUUACGAAUUGGUCUUUUCGAUGUUGAUCUCUUCCGUGUAGACUAUAAAGGAGGGAAGUGCUCAUCUGCUUUCACUUCUGUGAUAGCAUUUCAAAAGGGAUUGGGCUUUACAGGCGUGCUUCUUGUAAAAUGUGUACAAAUGGGUUGGCUUGCAAUUUUUGUAUAGUAUUCUUUGCAGCCUUGGACAUUUUUAGAAUCAUAAGGUUCUUAGCUUGUUGACCCCUCAAUGUUGGAGUUUUGCAAAAUGGAGUUAUUUUUAUUAGGUUGUCCUGGCAUUGAGAUGAAGAGCACACCAGUAGGUUAUGGAUUUAUAUCCAUUCUAGUAAUGGGUAGAUGCAGAGUAUGCUUUGUACUCUGGUUGUCUCCAUCUUUCGGCUCUUCUAUCUUAGAGAGACUUUUUGUGACUGUAUAUUCAUGAUGGAAAGUAACUGGUAUAACAUUGAAUCUUUUUCCAUUUAGUUCAGCGUUGUGCAAAGUGCCACACUCACCAUUCAAAAAUGCAUGAAGCUGAACAUCAUGGCUGGACAUGGUUGGUCUAUUAACUUUUGUUCCAGGAUCUUUAUGUUUUUUGCGGAUGAGGAUGACUGGUUUGGAAAGGCUGAUUGGUAGUGGGAUGAUGGCGAUAUAUUAUACAUUCAUCUAAUAUGCAUUUUAUCUGUUAAGAAGAAUUGAUUUGUGCUCUUACCCAAGAGGAAGCUUGUAAGAUACAAACCAUUAAUAACGAAAAGUGGGAGGCAGGAGUUUUGAGUUCUUGCUGCGGUUAAUAUUAAGACUUAUACCAGUAAAACUCCAGGUCAGGCAAUUGCAGGGGAAGAUGAGAGAGUCUCAUACUUAUAGCAGUUAAGUUGCAAUUGAAUUGUACAUAAGAGAACAGUUGUAUUUUUAUUAUUUUAUUUUAUUCUAUUUUUUGGACUGGGCUCAAUAUCCCUUUCUGACCUGUGUAUCAUAUAACAAGACAUUAAAGCUAAUUGCCCCCCACCCCCCUUUCCUCUUUUCCUAAUACAAAUUACCAAGUUACUUCA